GUUAUGCCAAAAAUUGGAAGUGGAAAUUUUCAAACACGUAGAGGACAUGGAUAUAUUAAUAUUGUUGGCCAGAACUAUUGUACAAUUCUUAUUCUUUUACCAUAAAUUGACAAGUAUAAUCAUAAAUGUUUGGUGCUAGACUAAGUAAUUGGGUAAUUCUUUGCUUUAUUGGGAUUGUCUGUGCCAUUGGUACCGUUGAUCUUAAGACUGAAAAUGCCUUAGUUAUUUAUGACAGUCAUUUUCAAGAUUUAACUGAUAAAUCAUCAUUAAGUUCACCUAUAAAAACAUUGAUUGAUAAUCUUGAAAGUCAAUAUAAAGUCCAAUAUCAUAGUUAUGAAGAUGAAGAUAUUAAAUUGUUUUAUGAAGAUUCUCCAAGAUUUGAUCAUUUAGUUAUUUUACCAUCUUCCAAAAAAGUAAUUGCUGCUAAAGCUGCUUUAAGUCAACAUAAAUUAAUAGAUUAUGUUAAUCAAGGUGGUAAUGUUUUGGUUGUUGGUGGUAUUGAAGCUGUCUUACCUGAUUCAACUAGAGGAUUUUUAAAUCAAUUAGGUAUUUAUCCUGCUCCAAAGAAUUUCCAAUUAUUAGAUCAUUUUAAUUCUAAUGGUGGUGAUGAAGUGAUUUUAAGUGAUGAAACUAAUUUAGUAUCUAAUAAUCGUGUGGUUAAAUCUAUUACUAAUACUAACUAUAAAGGAGGAGCUGCUAUAAUUUCCAAUAAUGAAUUAUUAUUUCCUAUUAUUAAAGGUUCACCAACAAGUUUUACUGCUAAAGCUGGUAUUGAAAAAGUUGAACAAGAUACAACUUGGACUUUUGGUAGUCAAGGUUUUGCUGCUGUUGGAUUCCAAGCUUUAAAUAACGCCAGAUUAGUAUGGGUUGGAUCUGAAUCAUUAAUCACUGAUGAUUUAAUCAAUUGGACUUUCCAAAAGAAACAUGUUUUAAAAUUACAAUUUGUUCAACAUUAUAAGAAUGAUGAACCAGAAAAUCCAAAUCAUACUUUAUAUAGAAUCAAAGAUCAAACUAUUUAUACUGUGGGUGUAUCUGAAUUAUCAGAAGAUGGUAAAUGGAUUCCAUUUGAAGUUACUAAUGAUGAGGAUCAAUUACAACUUUCAUUUAAAAUGUUAGAUCCAUAUCAAAGAUUAAAUUUACUUCCAUUAGGUCCAGCUGCUUCUAUUGAAGGUGGUAGUGAUUUAGAUACUUAUGUUUACUAUACUAACUUCACACUUCCAGAUCAUCAUGGUAUGUUUACAUUUGAAUUAGAUUAUAAGAGAGUUGGUUUAUCAUUCUUAGAAGAUAAAAAAAUUGUCACUGUUAGACAUUUAGCCAAUGAUGAAUUCAAGAGAUCAUGGGAUAUCACUAACUCAUGGUUAUACAUUGCCAGUGCAGCUUUAGUUAUCGUCGCAUGGUUCUUAUUCGUUGUAAAUUAUAUCUAUAUCAGUAAAACUGAUGAUGAAAAGAAAAAUAUUUAAAUAGAUACAUAUAUAAUAGUAUCCAUAUAGAUAAAUCAAAUCAAACUAAAAAUUGAAAAUCUAAAAUAUAUCAAUAUUCUUAUUAA